AUGCAGACACGAGAUACUGGCGAGCUCAUACCCUCAGCGCCGUCUGCCUCCCUGCAAUCAUACCCCAAGUCGAAGACCAAGGCGCCUCCAGAGACGCCUCCCACCGGCCCACACGACUACAACUGGUACUACGAAACCGCACCACCCACACCCCCCAACAAAACGCACGCGAAUACUUUCUUCGACAAACAUGGCAAGCAAGCCACACUCCUCAGAAGCAUCGCCCACUUCCGGAAGCUCCCUGAAACGGACGUGCCAGAGGUCGCUUUUAUUGGUCGGAGCAACGUGGGCAAGAGCAGUUUGUUGAAUGCGGUCAUGGGCUGCAACACGAAGGCGUUGUUAGCGCGAACGAGCAGCACGCCCGGGUUUACAAAGACGAUGAAUCUCUACGGAAUUGCCCCGGACCCCGGCGUGCGCAUCAAACAAGAAAGUCUAUCCGGCAGCGGUGGUCCAGGGCGGGAGAAAAUCGUCGGCCCGGGCGGACUGGUGAUCGUUGACAUGCCCGGCUAUGGGAGCGGGAGCUUGAGUGCGUGGGGUGUGGAGAUUAUGAAGUAUGUUCAGAGUCGCAAGGCGCUGAGGCGCGUGUUUGUGCUGCUGGAUGCGGAGCAUGGGGUCAAGGAUAAGGAUCGCAGCAUUCUUGCCAGUUUGAGGCUGGCCGGUGUCAGCCAUCAGGUUAUUCUGAGUAAGAUGGAUAAGUUGUACAUUCCCAAGGCGAACGAGAUCAAGGAGUUUGGCAAAGGGAGGAAGUUGAAGAGUAAGGGCACUGUCACGGGGUUGAGGGCUAAGAUGAGGGCGUUGUUGCCGGAUAUCAAACCGCCUGUUGGUGGAGGAGCCUUGGGCGAGAUUCUGGCGUGUAGUAGCGAGGUGCUGGUUGAGGGGAAGAGAUUGGGGAUUGAGGAUGUACGGUUUGCAGUUCUGAAAGCCGUGGGGAUGGAGGGCGAGGAGAGGAAGGGGUUUACGGAGAGCAAGAAGAAAAAGAAAAAGGCCGUCGUGGAGGCAAAGAUGUAG